AUGGCGGGAGCAUCUCAGAAGAAAAUUGCCGCAAGCAAUAAGAAAAUCCUCAAAGAAAUCCAUUUGAUUUCCUGUUCUAUUCUUGCGAUCUCUGCGGUUGCAGUAUUUGCGUUCCACCGUCCUGCCAGCGUCAAACCGUUUGUGAUUUUCAAUAUCCCCCUUCUUGUAUGUCAGGCCAUCCUUGAAUCCACUGGCCGUCCAAAAUACGGACCAGAAGGGUCAAAACUUUCCGGCACCGUGGCAGACUUGCGCCAAGAAGGGUUAACAGAAUACAUGUUUGAUAUCAUUUACUUCACCGGCAUUGAAGACAUUUUGAUGAUCUUAUGUGGUUCCAACAAGGUAUGGUGGCUUUAUAUUGCGAUUCCGGCAUUCGCAAUUUAUAAAUCCUUCUGGUUAUUGAAGUUGGGUAAGAACCUUUUGGGGAUCGGAAAAGGCAAAGGCGCGCCAAUGCAGGAAGAUAAUGAUGUGGCGGACGAACCUACCAAAUCUAAAAGACAGGCGAAAAUGGAAGCCAGAGGACAAAAGGGCAAGAGAAAGGUUAUUCGAUGA